AUUCAAAAUAACCAACUCAUCAGGCCGGCAUUGUAAAUAAUAAUUUGUUUUCUAAACUGACUUGCCUAGUUAAAUAAAAAAAAAUCGCCAAUCUUUGAUUUAUUUAAUAUAGCGCUAGGGCAAAAACCUGCACCUAGCGGGCGGGGGACCCAGGACCGAGUUUGGGGAAACCCUGACAUAAGUGAGGAAGAGGAUGGUGAGCAGCCAGCCGAAGUACGACCUGAUCCAGGAGGUAGGGCGUGGCAGCUACGGCGUGGUGUACGAGGCGCUGGUGAAACGCACCGGAGCCCGGGUGGCAGUGAAGAAGAUCCGCUGCCACAGCCCAGAGAAUGUAGAGCUGGCCCUCAGGGAAUUCUGGGCCCUGAGCAGUAUCCAGAGCCAGCACCCCAACGUCAUCCACCUGGAGGAGUGUGUCCUGCAGAGGGAUGAUCUGGCUCAGAGGAUGAGCCACGGGUCCAGCUCCCCACUGUACCUAGAGCUGGUGGAGACAUCUCUGAAGGGAGAGAUAACCUUUGACCCGUGCUGUGCCUACUAUCUGUGGUUUGUUAUGGACUUCUGUGAUGGAGGAGAUAUGAACGCUUACUUGCUGUCCCGUAAACCCAGCCGCAAGACCAACACCAGCUUCAUGCUGCAGUUAGGAAGUGCCCUGGCCUUCCUGCACCGAAACCAGAUCAUCCACCGAGAUCUGAAGCCUGACAACAUCCUCAUCUCCCAGGGAAGGACCUUGGCGGGAACCCCCGAGCCCACCCUGAAGGUGGCAGACUUCGGGCUGUCAAAGGUCUGCUCCACGUCGGGCCUCAACCCUGAGGAACCAGCCUCCGUCAACAAGUGUUUCCUCUCCACAGCGUGCGGCACGGACUUCUACAUGGCUCCAGAGGUGUGGGAGGGCCACUACACGGCUAAAGCAGACAUCUUUGCCCUGGGCAUCAUCAUCUGGGCCAUGGUGGAGCGGAUCACGUUCGUUGACGUGGAGACCCAGAAGGAGCUCCUGGGAAGCUACGUGCAGCAGGGGGAGGAGAUCGUGCCCCUCGGGGAGGCGCUCCUGGAGAACCCCAAGAUGGAGCUGCUGAUCCCGGCCAGGAUGAAGAGCAUGAACGCGGGCAUGAAACAGCUGAUCAGGGAGAUGCUGUCGUUCAACCCUCAGGAGAGGCCUGACGCCUUUGAACUGGAGCUCCGACUGGUCAGGAUCGCCUGCAGAGAGCUGGACUGGGACACGUGAUAAUUGGAGUGGAUAGGAGGAGAGUGGACCAUGGGACUUGUAGUCACAACAUCAAGCACUUGUAUCUAGUCCUAAUUCACCACUGUUAGCUCUGGUGGCCGAGGCCACACAAUGGGCGUUUGUUUUUCUUUUAAGGGAACAAUUCAAAUGUUGCAAAGAUUUUGGCUUUGCAGUUGGAUACUGGUUCAGAUGUAGGACUACUGGUAAACUUAGCUCAACAGGUUGAUAGCCAGUCUGAAAUUUGUUUUGUUUUGAAUGUUAACAGAGCAAGGCUGUCCAUAAGCACAUUUAGCUGUUUGUCUCUCAGAAGGAGAGGUGUUGCUAGCCACCCCGGUGGUUUAGGCUAACCUGUUAACUUUAACUCUCUUUAGUUGUUUGCCUACAAAUUCCACCCCAGUCUCGGUGCUAAUAAUCGUACUUUGGAUGCAAUUUAUGAUACAGGGAGACCGCAUCCUGUGUAGAUAUGAUGCAAUUAAAUUCCAAUUUAGACACGCCUCAGUGAUCGUAAACUGUGCACGGCUGGUUUUACCAGUAUUCUGUGACCACACCCUGCUCCUCCCCACCAACACACAUACACACUCUUCCCACUGCUCAGGUAAAAUCAAAGAUAUACUGUUGGUUGGGAUUUGUAGACAACUGGCUGUUUGAAGAGAGAGAAACAUGACAUAUCACAUAGGACGGUAUUCUGAGCUAGCCUUGAGCCAACUAUGGGAUCAGGCUAGGUCUUGGAAUGCCAGCCCAGCCCAGACAUAAUCUAGCAUAACCCCCAGCCCAGACAUAACCUAGCAUAACCUCAGUCAGCCAGUGUCAUAAUUGUCCUGGAAUGUGUCAUGAUUGCCCCAUAAUGAAAAUUAUUUUGAGGAAUGGAGUGUUUGGAAUGUAAUUAACUUGAGUCACCAUAAUUUAAAGUCCAGAGACAGCAAGCUGCUUAUUCAAAACACAUAAAGGAAUGUGUUGUUUCCCCAAACUAACAUUGAUGUAUUUAACCGAAGAGCCAAUGUUCUGCUUGUAUUUUUAAAAUAUAGUGCUUGAAUUUAGACUUGAAUUCUCACAACUGAAGGCCAGUGUAGUUCCGAAUGAAACCUGUGUGAACGGAAUGGUUAGGGGUAUGACUUCACUGGCAAUCACUUGAUUAAAAAAUGCACUUUUUA